AUGGCUGGUGUCGCUGAGGCUGCCAGUACUGGCGAAAGCAAUGCGGAUGAAGCCAGCAAGAAGCGGAUUUAUAGUGAAGAGAGGCCCAGGGCGGAAGUCAGUGCCCUCGUGCGUAUGCUUAACGGAUGGAAACCCAUUGACUUGUUACUCAGGAACAAAGUUGAAGCCGAGUCGGAGGGAAAGACGCAUAAUUUCGAAGCACCUUCACUGCAAAUGCGCCGUCUCAACGUGGCCGAAAGCGACAGUCUCGGUGGCCAACCAACCCUCGAAGACCUCAGAGGGCAAUCCAAAGGGUUUGUCGAGACUGAACCUUCUCAUCCUGCUCUCCCUUCUGAGCGCCGUAUCAAGGUGCCGAAAAGCCUGGCCCAGAGGAUUCAGAACCGUGUUGCAGAAGAACAACGUAAUCCUGCGGAUCCUAGGCCUGGGCGGAGUGAAAGGGCGAGCCCCUUUGAUCUCCCCUUCCUCCCCAAAGAUCUAUUCGGGGGCUUCUCCGUUCUAGAGGGACUUCAACGCGCUCGAAACCAGGCCGUGGCACACUUGGAUCCGAAACCCUUCGGCCGAAGUACCUUUGCGCGCUUUCCGCCUCAAGACUACAUUAUCGAUUUGGAAACUACCAUCAUGGAAGAAGUGCAGCUCUUCUGCCCCGCCAUUGCCCGGGAGACAUUCAUGGAGCUCACCGAAAAGCAGUAUGGUGUCACUGCUAAUGCUAACGACUGUGAUGCCUCGGCCAGGCGUGCCAUCGCGAAUGCCUUAUUCGGGGCCGCUUUGCGGUGGAGGGCCGCGAAUGACUCCUUUGACCACUUUGGCGGCUUGAGCUGGGCAUUCUACAAAAAUGCAUACGCCAUCUUCCCGGAACUCAUCCUUCAGGGUACAAACGUGUUGGCCUGCGAGGCGAUGCUGGCCAUGGCCACGUUCUCGUUGGGGACGGCCGAUGCCCGCACGACCGCCCAGCUGGCUUCUGCUGCGGCCCGGACCGCGCAAAUCAUAGGGCUGCAUAGGAGGGAGACCUAUGCCAACCUCGAUGCCACCGAGUCAGCGCGGCGAAAGCGAGUCUUUUGGGCGGCGCAUACACUUAACACCGACAUGAUGGCCAAGUAUGGACUGUCUCAUCCUCUUGCUCAUGGCGAUGUAACAGUUGAGCUUCCAGCUGAGGAUGCGACUAUUUUCGAUGGCACUUCGCAGGCGCCGAGUUUCCUCAGGAGCAUGGCACAAUUAUCCAGAAUCCAGGUAAAACUCCACGAAAAAUUCUCUCCACACAAUCUCCAGCUACAGUCAGGCACGGAUCAUCACAUGAUGUUGAUACUGUCCACCUGUGAGCUGGAAGAGUGGAAGAGCACGCUCCCACCGGAAUCGAGACCGGAUCCCGCCACCCUAUCGGCGACGAGAGAGUUGGACAUGCCUAUCGCCCUCCUGCAUUUCAUCUACUUCAGCACCCUGAUUAAGACUAACAUCAACUUGGCACGGCUCAAGAAUGCGACGAGCAUUCAGCCGUCCUCUCCGCUGUACAACGAGUGGGUAAAUAGAGACGCCUUUCCCAUUAUAGAGCAGUCGUACGCCAAUUGUACAUCGGCGGCUCGGGCGAUCAUUGACCUUGUACAUGUAAUGCCGCCUCAACCAUAUGUGAAUUUAUGGUUUCUUCUUGGCUACCCUGUUAUGGCUAGCUUGAUCCUUUUAUGGUCCUCGCUCGACGAGCCCACAGGGUCAGAGGCUCAUCUCAAUGUGAGGAUCAUGGGCCAGUUCGUCCGAUUUUUAGCGGGGGUGAAGGAAGAAGGCUGCGAAUUACGAAACGUGCUCGAAGGCUGUUCAAAGAUCCACAAGAUUGCCAAAUACGUCGUCCACACUCAGAGAGCCAUACGGUCAUCGGCACCCCUGGCGGAAGAUAACGACGUCAAGGAGCAGCUCGAAAAUCUUCGCGUCAAGCUCUCUGAAGUCACGGAUUGGAUGUAUCUUGCCCAGGGUCUCUUGAGCAACAUGCCUCUGCUAUGCGCGCAAGCACGAGACAUCUUUGCAGAUGUCCUUGGUAUGGAUCAGGUAGACGCGGACUAUGGGGUGUUCGCCCCCGAGCUGCUGAAGCCUCACAAGCACAACGUCUUCUUUAGUUCUUGA